AUGCUGGCUGCUCAGGCCAAGUUAGUGUACCACCUGAACAAAUAUUAUAACGAGAAAUGUCUGUCUCGGAAGGCGGCGAUCUCCAAGACAGUCAGGGAGGUGUGCAAGGUGGUGUCAGACGUCCUGAAGGAGGUGGAGGUGCAGGAGCCUCGCUUCAUCAGCUCUCUGAACGAAAUGGAAAACCGCUACGAAGGGCUGGAGGUCAUUUCACCAAACGAAUUCGAGGUGGUUCUCUAUUUAAAUCAGAUGGGGGUUUUCAACUUCGUGGACGACGGUUCUCUCCCCGGCUGCGCUGUGCUGAAACUCAGCGACGGUCGCAAGAGAAGCAUGUCGCUCUGGGUGGAGUUCAUAACCGCUUCUGGUUACCUUUCAGCUCGAAAGAUCCGGUCUAGGUUUCAGACACUGGUGGCGCAGGCGGUGGAUAAGUGCAGCUACAGAGAUGUCGUAAAGAUGGUCGCAGACACCAGCGAGGUGAAAUUACGCAUCAGAGACAGAUACGUGGUUCAAAUCACCCCAGCUUUCAAGUGCACGGGGAUAUGGCCACGGAGCGCGGCACACUGGCCCCUGCCCCACAUCCCCUGGCCGGGACCCAACAGAGUGGCAGAGGUCAAGGCAGAGGGUUUUAACCUUUUAUCCAAGGAAUGCUAUUCGUUGAACGGGAAGCAGAGCUCGGCAGAGAGCGACGCCUGGGUCUUACAGUUUGCUGAGGCCGAGAAUCGGCUGAUCUUGGGUGGGUGCAGGAAGAAAUGUCUGUCCGUUUUGAAGACACUGCGAGACCGUCACCUCGAACUGCCGGGACAGCCCCUCAACAACUACCACAUGAAAACGUUGGUCUCGUACGAAUGCGAAAAACAUCCACGGGAGUCUGACUGGGAUGAGAACUGCUUAGGUGACCGCCUGAAUGGAAUACUGCUACAGCUUAUUUCGUGUUUGCAGUGCAGAAGAUGUCCACAUUAUUUUUUGCCUAAUUUAGAUCUGUUCCAGGGUAAACCCAAUUCAGCCCUUGAGAACGCUGCCAAACAGACUUGGCGAUUGGCAAGAGAAAUUCUUACCAACCCCAAAAGCUUGGAAAAGCUCUGA